AUGACCGAAGAGAAUGAGCGUCAACAUACAGCAGCCACUCAUUGUAAUAUCUGCAAAGAAUCCUUUGCUAAAAGACAAAAAGUUCGAGACCAUGACCAUUUUUUUCCAAAUGAGGAACACUUUCAGCUGGUUGUUCGUAAGGGGGUCUUCUGUUAUAACUUUGUCACCAGUUUUGAAGCCUAUGAUGAGCCUUCGCUACCAUCUCGAGAUAAGUUCUUUAACAUUUUGAAUGGAACCGAAGUAAGUGAACAAGACUACAACCACGCACAGAAUGUGUAUGAAAAAUUUCGGCUCAAGAGUCUUGGAGAGUAUUCGGACUUAUACCUUCUGACAGACACACUGCUUUUAGCAGAUGUGUUUCAGAACUUUCGAAAGUGGACACUCGAUGUGCACAAGACUGAACCGUUUCAUUUUGUAUCCCUUCCAGGAUUAAGCAUGUCUUGUGCACUAAAAAUGAGUCAGGUAGAACUAGAACUCAUUAACGACCCCAACGCGUACCUGCUCAUCGAGAAUGGCUUACGAGGAGGUGUCACACAGUGCUCCCUGAGAAAAGCAACUGCGAAUGUGCCAGGAACAGAACAGUUUGAUCCCGAAAAAGAAAAAAAAAUAAUUAACUACAUUGAUGUAAAUGGCCUGUAUGGAGCAGUCAUGAGAGAACCAUUGCCUUACGGAGGAUUUGAGUGGCUCACUGAGGAGGAAAUUGUUAACUUGGAUAUAGCUCAGAUACGAGAUGAUACCCCUGUGGGUUACUUUCUUGAGGUUGACCUAGUGUAUGACCGAGCAACUCAUGAACGCCACAGAGAUCUUCCCGUUGCCCCUGAAAAAAUGUCCGUUCGUUAUGAGCUAUUGUCAGACUAUCAGAAGGCGCUCAUGAAGAAGUUCAAUCUUCCACAGAAAGCUACCGAAGCAAAACUGUUGCUAACAUUAUUUGAUAAAGAGAGGUACUUUCUCCACUAUCGCAAUUCGCAACUGUAUCUGCAAUUGGGGUUAUGUCUCACUAAAGUUCACAGGGUUCUCAAGUUCAAUCAAAAGCCCUUUCUGCGAUCCUAUGUCGACUUCAAUCACGAACUUCGGAAGCGAGCUACAAACGCAUUUGAGAAACAGCAAUCAAAGCUAAUGAUUAAUAGUGUAUAUGGCAGGACAUGUAUGCAAGUCAGGAAAUUCGUAAAUUGUCGCCUCACAGUAACAGAUGAGCAAGUGUUGAAGCUUCUACGUAAACCAAACUUGAAACAGUUCCGCCCUCUGAGCUCUCACGUCAUCUUGUUCCAAUUUAGUCAGUCUGUUCUUCGCAUGAAGCAACCGCUGUACCUGGGCUUCACAAUAUUGGAAUUGUCUAAGCUGAAGAUGUUUGAUUUUUAUCAUAACCAUCUUCUCCGUGUAGCCCCUGAUACACGACUGCUAUACAUGGACACUGAUUCUUACAUUGUGAUGCUGAGUGACGAUAAAGUACUCCACGAACUAGCUGACGAGCAUCUAGACAACUCUGGAUAUGACCCUGAUCACCCACUCUAUUCGACAAAAAACAGGAUGGUACUAGGAAAGUUUAAAAAUGAGCUUCCUCGUGAUCACAUUCUUGGCUUCUGUUGUCUGAAGCCAAAGCUGUACGCCCUCGAUCUGUGCAGCAAAAAGCAGUACAAUCGCGCUAAGGGUGUUAAACAAUGUGAAGCACAAAAACUCCACUUCUCUAUGUACACGAAUGCUCUCGAGCAGGGCACAAUGCAUAAAGUUAAACAGAACCUCAUUGUGCACAAGGACAAUGUCAACAAAAGCUUUUACUACUGUUCGCAGACACGCAUUAUGAGCGCCGAUAGGAAGAUUACCAACCACGUAACGUUACCAAUGGCGCUGGGUGCCAAACGAUGA